AUGAUAGGAUAUAGAGGUUCGAAGGGACAUCCUCAUUUCUUUAAUCAAUUAUCUUGCGGUCUCGAUCUCGUCUCGAUGGCCGGUGAAUGGCUGACAGCGACUGCCAACACCAACAUGUUCACUUACGAGAUCGCGCCUGUGUUCAUUCUGAUGGAGCACGUUGUACUGCAGAAGAUGAGGGAGCUGAUUGGCUGGAGCGGUGGCGAUUCGAUCUUGGCGCCUGGAGGAUCCAUCAGCAACCUUUACGCCUUCCUCGCCGCCAGGCACAAGAUGUUCCCGGCCUACAAAGAACGAGGACUCUCCGCGAUCGGUGGCCAGCUCGUUAUGUUCACGUCUGAUCAGUGCCAUUACUCCGUGAAAUCUUGUGCCGCCGUCUGUGGCCUGGGAACCGACAACUGCGUGAUGGUCCCGAGUGAUGAUCGAGGUCGUAUGAUCCCGUCGAAGCUAGAGGAACUGAUUAUGGAACGCAAGGCGAGAGGACACAUCCCCUUCUUCGUGAACGCUACCGCGGGAACGACUGUCAUCGGUGCUUUCGAUCCUAUCCAGGAAAUCGCUGACAUUUGCGACAGGCACAAACUCUGGCUCCAUAUCGACGCGGCUUGGGGUGGUGGACUGCUUCUCUCGAGGAAAUACAGACAUCCCAGAUUGACGGGCAUCGAACGGGCUGACUCGGUGACUUGGAACCCCCACAAACUCAUGGGAGCCCUGCUUCAGUGCUCGACGAUCCACUUUAAGGAGGACGGCCUGCUGAUUAGCUGCAACCAAAUGUCCGCCGAGUAUUUGUUCAUGACGGACAAGCUCUACGACGUGAAAUACGACACGGGUGAUAAGGUGAUUCAAUGUGGACGUCACAAUGACGUCUUCAAGCUGUGGCUGCAAUGGCGCGCAAAGGGUACAGAAGGCUUCGAGAAACACAUGGACAGAUUGAUGGAACUUACAGAAUACAUGGUUAGACGAAUCAAGCAAAUGCCCGACAAAUACUACUUAAUACUCGAACCGGAAAUGGUGAACUGCUGUUUCUGGUACUUGCCAACGCGCGUGAGGAACAUGCCACAUGGUCCUGAAAGGAUCAAGAUUAUAGCAGAUAUCUGCCCUAUUUUGAAGGGGCGUAUGAUGCAAGCCGGCACCCUGAUGGUCGGAUACCAGCCGGACGACCGACGACCUAACUUCUUCAGGAAUAUAAUUUCGAGCGCCGCGGUAACGGAGGCGGACGUCGACUUCCUGUUGUCCGAAAUGGACCGGUUAGGCCAAGACCUGUAAGAAAUCUGCCUGUUCUAAUUAGUAGCAUAAUCAGCCGCGAUGUCGCGACGUGAAGUCAAUCCUCCUGGGUAUUUAGAAGUUUCAUCGAUGAACAGGAGAACCGCGUCGCGUUCCAUUACGUGUACAAAAUUCCGAAGGCCAAACUCAGAUUCUCAAUCACGGUUAGAUAAUUUAAGUCGC